UACAAACAGUUGUACAGUCAUCCGCGGUGUGGCAACUAGCAGCGUUCUUUGCUGUAACACACCAUUAUUGAAACAUCUGACGCUUCGAUUCACGGAAUGUAGUAUUAGUUGUACCUAGAAAAUCUUUUGUGAAAAGAAAGCGACAACGUUGUUCGGGUGCAGUGAGACAAGAUAUGAUAUACAGGUGUACUAAGUGUGUUGAUGUGCGUGUUGUGUGGCGUGGAUCGUCGCGCAAUUAUUAACGAUGAUUCACUUGUGCGCGGGUGAAAUGCAGCCUAUGGUACUUGUUGACACUUAUUCUGGAAACGUAAACAAAUGAUACCGUGACGGCAUUAAAUUAUUAUUUAAAAUAUAAUGGUGGACUGAUUCAAUGCACCGCGGCCAAACAAUCGCGGAAACGAUGCCACUUACACAAGACAAACGUCUGGAUAGUAACUUUUCCAACAACAAUGAUCAAAGUUAUCUUCAUAAGAAGUUUAAAAAAAUGGCAUCGACCAUUACGGUUUUUCCAACAAAUCAAAUAAAGGGUGGAGAGUCACGAUACAAAGAGCCCGACGUGGUACAGUCUGAUUGUGAUACGUCAAUUUCUAAUGGAAGCAUCGCAGCGGCGCACCCGGAAAUAGAAAAGAUAAAAUUUAAACUACAUAAAAAUAUAGAAGAUCAAGAGGAGGAGAAAAAUGUACAAACUAUUUAUAAUGAUGAAAACAUUAGGUUAAGUAAUGUAAAUGAUAAUGUUCAAGUAACUGGUCAGACCAGUUACGCUGAUGAAUUUUCUAAUAAGACUGAGAACAUUGAAAAUGAUUUUAUCAGGGAUGCCUACAAUGGGGGUGUAGGUGGCCGUUAUAUAUGCCCUUACUGCAAAUUAUCUUGUGCCAAGCCUUCUGUUUUACAAAAACAUAUCAGAGCUCAUACAAAUGAGAGACCUUACCCUUGUGUACCUUGUGGAUUUGCUUUUAAAACAAAAUCAAAUUUAUAUAAACAUCGAAGAUCUAGAACACAUGCGUUAAGAUUGCAAGGGUCAGACGUGUCUGCUACAAUUCACGAAGAUGAUUUAUCCGGCGGUUCAGAAAGUGAUACAUCAAUACCACCGACUGGAUCUGAUUCAUCUGUUACUCGGCACGAGCAUUACAAGUGUAAUGAUAUAUCAUUAUUAGAAUUGUCCGAUUAUGUACCACAAAGCACGAAUUCAUCCCAACAGGAUAUUACGAAAUCCAAAACAAUUUAUAAACCUAAAUUCAGAGGUGCAUGCCAUCAACAAAUGGACGAAAAAGAUAAAUUAAAGAAAACAAUGUCGUCAAAUGCCGAUUUUCUUACUGAACAUAUCUCUAAAAUUAUAUCAGAUAAUGAAGCCAUUGUGGAUGUCAUAGAUACACCUUUACAAAAAAAAUAUGGUAAAAUAAAACAAAUAGCAGAGAGUAAACAACUUUUACAUGAUUAUAUAGAAACUAAGCCAGAAACGUCACCAUUAAAUUUAACAAAGAGCAGCAAUGAUAUAGAAAAUACAUUUAGGAAAAGAUCACAUUCGGAAAGUUUCACGUAUAUUGAUAAUCAGAAACACCCGUUAAAUCCAGAAAGAUCUAUAAUAAAAGAUCUGCUUCUGAAAACUAAAUCUAACGGUAUAUCAUCUAUUACAGGUGAAUUGAUUGAGGGACCACUAUUUGUUUGCCCUCUGUGUCAAAUAAUUUACCGAAGUGCAGAUAACUUAGAAAUACAUAGAACAUACUAUUGUAAAGGAAGUAAUGUAAAUUGUAAUAGUAUUUCUCCAAAUUCUUCACAAAAGGAUGUAAAACCUGUAAGACCUGAAAAUAUAUUUGUAAGGAGCAACUCUAUCAAUGUUCGAUUACCAGAAACACAACAUAGUUCUUCUCCAAAGACGGCUUUAAAAAAUAAACCUGACAACCUUAAUAUAAUGAAAUUAGAAUCUAAUGAUAUUGCUACUCCAUUGCCAUCACCUGGGCCUUUAUUAGGCAGUACAAGACUUGUGGACACCAGAACACCCACCGAAUGUAGGAAAACAGAAAACUUCAAAUUAAAAUCAGUCAGUCCAAAGAGAAGAAUUGAUAGUAGAUCAGAUACAUAUAGUCCAAGAUUAACAGAAAAUACUUCCCCUCGAACAGAUAUGUACUCACAGUCAAAAAUUCGGUGUAUUGAUGGGAAUUCAGUAGCCAUAAGGUAUUUAGAAGAAAUGUCGCAGCAUAUGCGAAGUAAUUCGACAUCUCUUCAAAUGUUCGGAGGCGAAGUAAAAAUACUGGACCAUGCAGGCGGUACAACUACUUUACGAAUAGAACCGAGUAAGAAUCAAUUAUCACCUAUAUUGGUACAGCAAAAUAUUUCUCCAUCAAAACACAGUAAUGAUACGGAGGCGAGCAGCAUUGUAGUAAGAUCAGGACUUCAUUCAGGUGGAACUAUGGUUCACAAACCUCCAACUCCAAAAGAAAUUAUAAGUACUCCACAACCGCAAACUCCUAGAAUUACAAUAUCAACUCCAUCUGGUAAUUUACCAAAUAUUCACGACAUAACACAUUUUCAGUUUCCACCUCUUAGUGCUAUUACAGCAUUUAAUCCUUUGACUUUACCACCACUUAGUCCGACUUCGUCUCCUAAUGGUGCAACGACCAUUUUACACGGCGGAAAAUUAAUUCCCCAUGUACCUGGUAUACCUGGACCAAACACACCAGGUGUAUUUGUAGAAAAGUCUUCAAUACAAGUGAAAACACAAACACAUGGUGAUGUUUCCAAAUCUCCUGUAAAAUCGCCUAGAGAUGAUAAUUAUGUUAGUGUGGUUCAGUCUGUAAAGGGUAGUAGUAGUAAGUAUGAUAGCUUACGAAACGCAAGAAGUCCCAGUAUAAGAACAAGUUCCUUAGAAACCGAAAAAAAUAACAAAGACCAUUUAUAUUUAAAUAAUGAUACGUAUUAUACAACAUCAAUACCAGCUAUUAGAAUUAAAAAUGUUGACGACCAACAAACGAAAUCAUUUUCGCCCGUUGGUAAAUGCUUAACGAUUAGACAAGACGGAGCCAUUAAAAGGAAUUCAGAUAGUUUACCCAAGACACCUAUUCUUAAAGAAUGCAAUUAUCACCCAAACAAAUUGAAGAUAAAAGAAAAAAAUUCUUCUUCAUCAACGAAAAGUAUUGAAAUUGAUAGUGAAAUGAGAAGUUUUAAUUUUGAGAACUUGAUUACCAAGGUAGAAAUAUUGAAUAAUCAAAUACCAAGUUCAUCGGACGUGCAAAAGGAUGAACAGGAAUCAAAUAACGCUUCUAUUUUAAAUGAACGAUCAGAAACAGCAUAUUUUCAAAAAAAUGUUACAUCUAAAAUUAAUGCAGAAGAAAGGAAACCUAAGUUUUUAAGACCUUCUACAUUGCCUCUAAAACCUGGUACGUUCACACCUAAAAGACAUCAUGGUAUUACUCCUAAUGCAAACACGAUGCCUUUGGUAUCACCUGAAACUCCUCGGCCUGCUAAAGCUUACGGACAACUUUAUUUAAAUGGAAAUGCAUAUACUUAUUUAGGCUUAAAAUGUUCAACUAAAGUUUUCUAUUGCACAAUCAAUCGACCGCAGCCUACGUAUGUGCCUAAUCAGCAUUUCCUCUCUAUGUACAGCAAUUGGCAGUUACUAUCUGAGCUGACUCCGGAUCCACUGGGAUUAUCAGCAUCUAGUACUAUGUCUCUAUACGACUCACGUCAUCGACCGCAAAACGUAACAGUUGCAGUAGUAAAACAGGAUCUCAUAUUGACUCAUUCAUCAAAGUGGAAUAAAAAUUCAAAGGAGUAUAAACAGGUUACAGCAUCGAUUGACUCUAAAAAAUCAGAAGAGGGCAAACUUCUGAUAUCUGAUAGUACAAUGGCUCCUAAAAAAGAGGUAACCGGCGGAUUUGAAAGCAACGAAGAAUAUACAUAUGUACGAGGCAGAGGUAGAGGACGAUAUGUUUGUUCGGAAUGUGGUAUUCGUUGUAAAAAGCCGUCGAUGUUGAAAAAGCAUAUUCGUACCCAUACUGAUGUACGACCAUAUACAUGUACACACUGCGCCUUUAGUUUCAAAACGAAGGGUAAUUUAACGAAACACAUGAAAAGUAAGGCUCAUUACAAAAAAUGUUGUGAAUUGGGGAUAAAUCCAAAUGAAGGCAACGAUAUUGAAAGUGGGGAGAUGACUCAAUGUUCAGGAGAAACAGAUGAUGACACUGACUCCGAGGGUGAUGAAGGAAAUGAAGGAGAAACAGAAUCUAGUGAUACGGAAGUGUGUAAAUCAAGAUUGCCAGAGCAUGAAGCUGCACAUUGUUUAUUGUCUUUGGGAAGUUCUAGGCCGACUACAUCAGCCACACCUGGACUUAUAACGAGUGCACGACCUUCUACUUAUCCAUACACUCCAAUAGGGUUAGAAAGUAUAACAGAUCCUAGUUCGGAAAAGAUACUUCCUGUUGACUCUGUGGACUCAGGAAUUGAUGUGGAAAAUGAACCUAUGGAUCUGAGUAAAAGUGAUUUGAAAUCGGUGUCUAAUGUUACGGAAAUACCAACUGCGAGAGAAUCUAGUGUUCUUGCAUCAUUAGCUUCUAACACUGCAAAGUUACCUCAGCAUCAGACCCAAUGGGCGAAUGGCGAACCAAUGCUCCAUACGUAUUUGACAGAACGAGCUCUUUUAGACUCUAAGAUAAAACAAAGUCAACUUACAUGCAACCUAAGUAAAUUAAGAAAAAUUGAAUUAGAACAAUCUGUGUUUACGGAAACAAACGACUGUAGUGAUAAUAGUAGCAACACAGUAGUAACAUCCGUAAGAAAUUCUGGCACUGCACGUAGUGUGUCCCCAAAAAAUGUUAACAUGUUAAAAACAUCUAAAAAUAAAACUGACAAUGAGACCCUUUCAGCUGCAGGUACUGAAGAUAAUAAUGCAGGUAGAGUAAAUGAAAACCCUGUACCUCUAAAUACUGAAUCAAAAGUUCCGCGCACAUCGAGUCAGACGAACGCAGAGAAUGCAAAACACGUAGUUUCAGAAUAUUUGAAACAAGCCAGACUAAAUCUUAAUCUUGUAAAUAUAAAGGAAGAUUUACAUAAUCAAACUGAUAAUGCUAGUGAUGAAACAAAUGUAAAAAUCAACACAGAGGAUAACAUGCAAAUUCAAGAUAAAAACAAUAAAACAGAUAACAAUCUAGUUGAACAUGAUCCUGUUGCGAGAAAGGUCGUUAUAGGUGUAGGAGGUGUAGCUUUUAAAGUAACUAAGGGAAAAGGAUUUGAGGGUACGUCUUUUCCACCUGGUCGACUUAUGGAAGACGGUCACAGAGUAUGUGAUUUUUGUAAUAAAACUUUUAUAAGACCAUCGCAACUGAGACUACAUCUCAAUAUACACUACAUGGAGAGGCCAUUUAGAUGCAGCGUGUGCGCUGUGAGUUUCCGAACAAGAGGACAUCUUCAAAAACAUGAACGUUCAGGUUCGCAUCAUAACAAAGUUUCAAUGACAUCCACUUUUGGCGCGGCUACAUCGUUCAACCCGCGUCCAUUUCGAUGCUCUGACUGCAACAUAGCUUUUAGAAUUCACGGCCAUUUGGCUAAACACCUGAGAAGUAAAAUGCAUGUAAUGCGACUUGAAUGUCUCUUCAAAUUGCCUUUUGGGACAUUUACCGAAAUUGAACGCGCUGGUGUUAGUUUAACUGACAUUGAUACGACAGAUUGUGCAAGUUCCCUUGCUAGUUUGCAGUCACUUGCUCAAAAAUUGCACGAGAAGGACCCUACGAAACUUGAAUAUCGUGAACCGAACGGCAUGGUCGUGGCAUCUCUGCCUCUGGGCAGAGAAUCUUCUGAGGAUGAAGACACAGUUUUAACUGGAGAAAAGAUGAGUGACAGUGAUAAAAGUAGUGAGAUGAAGAAUAUUAAUAAUAGUGAAGGAUUGAACAUAGAAACAACAGUUAAUUAUAGUGCCACAGAUAAUUAGUGCCAAAAUUAUAUUAAGUAGGAUAUUUUAAUGUGCAAUUUCGUUUUGUUGUUAAUUUAAGGUGUAAUUAUUCAUACUGGGGUUUGACUCAGACGUGUGAAAACAAAAUAAUGCGCUUUAAUUAUAAACAUAUUUGUAUUUUGUUUCUAUGUAAUUGCUGUGUUUUGUAAAUAUCUCAUGAUGAAGUAAUUUAAAUAUUGUUAAAUUUGCUUCCAAUGUAAGGCUUACAUAAUUUGUUACUAUUAUUAGGAUUUAUAACAAAAAAAAUAUUAGAAAAUAUUCAUGAACUCGAUUUGAGAAAAGGAGAAUCUUAAAUACACUUUUAAACUUCCCUAAGUGGUCCAUGUUCCAGGUGAACUACAUUUAAAAUAUCAAUGAUACAUAUUAAUUACAACUCUAUAAAAUUAGUCAAGUUUAUCUUGAUAAGGCCAUAACUACGUUUUAUGUAUGUAUUUUUAUAAAAUAUAUACCACAAUGUACUACUGUACAAUAUCUACUUCCAAAAUCCUUUAUCUUUAAAAUGAUUGGCAUAUCAACUUCCAUAAACAAAAUUUAGAUGUACAUAAAGCAUAAAAUCCUUGAAGAGUCUUCCAUAUCAAAAAUAGUUCUUGUGCUAGGUAUUUCUUUGUAAUACUAAUUACUCUUCAUUUGGGUGAAUAUUUGACGAGUAUGAGUAUAAAAAUGAUUUCCAUUUUCAUUAACAAACAAUCAGAGAUAACUGUUUUUUGUGUGGUUAAUCUCAAAGUGAAAUAUUGUCGCUUUAUCUUGUUAUAAUAUUAAAACAACUGUUGAAUUAUUUAAUGUAUAGUCGUGUGUGUGUAUAUUUUCCGCAAAAUCUACUAGUUAUUGUCUGUUUUUAUGACAGAACUGAAAUUAUAUCAUUAUGGUUAAGCUACUUUACCUACUUAUUAUAUACGUAAUUGGAAAUGUUUAUUUUAUGAAAUAAGUACCUAUACCUACAUUUUUAUACUUAUUAGUUAUUUAUAAUGUAAUUUUAGGUAUUUUGAGAGCCUAACACUAACUGGAUUGUAUAUAUUUAUACAAAUAAAAUAUUGAAAUACAUUAGGUGCAGGAUCUUUAAUUAGGGUUCUUACCCUUAUAGUGUGAAGGGAUCAUACGUGUCAAGGCAUCAUUUAAAAUUCAUAAAAUAUUUUUUAUACGUGAUGUAGAUAAAAAUAUAUCGUAUUAUUACAGUUACCUAAAUAAAUAAUUUAUUUAUGUGCAUGCUUCUUAAUAAUAAAAAUUAACAGCAUUGUUGACACGUAAUUUUGAAAGUUUAUUAUCAACUUUUUGAUAUGACAAAAUGUUCAUUUAUCAGUUUAUAAAUAAUUAAAUUCAUGGCACUAAAAUCUUCACAAUUCUCCUACAUUUUUAAAUGGAUUAAAGGAGUUUCCGUAUGACUGUUAGUGAAUUAAUAUCCGAGUACGACACACAUACUUCUUGGUACAAUCCUAUUUCGAAAAAGAUAGAUAUUAAGAAGGGUUCGAAUUGAAAAGUGAAUCAUUAGUAAAAUAAUAUUUCUCAAAAAUAUAAAAACUAUAAAUUGGAUGGAAAAAACCAUUACGUAACGAGUGAAAAUGAAAAAUGAGUUAGGAAAUUAUGCCAGAUAGUAAAGUCACUUCAAUUCUAAAACUUAAAACAUACGAUGAUAUUUGAGUACAACAAUAACUGUACAAAACGACAAUAUUUUAUUGCCGCAGCAGAAUAUAUCUUGUUUUUAUAUAGUUUGUCGGCAAAAUUUGAUUUGAAUUGUGGGAGGAUUUAUGUAUUAACGAAUAUAAUGGCCUGAAAAUAGUAUUUUUAGUUGAUGACGCCUUGUUUUGGGCGGCUUUAUUUUUAUUCUUUUAGUAAAAGGCCUCAUGGUUUUUUUUUUAAAUAAAAUAAAUAAUAAUAAAUCGAGAUUGAGAGUUAAACUCAGGUCUCGGGGAAGUUUUCUUUAGUUUGUACCUAUUAAAACCACUUUUAACUUAAAAACCCCAAACAAGCCUUACAAUGAUGCUAAUGCCAUAUUUUAAUUUAUUAAAGUGACAUUAUAUUAUUUCCCUAUUUCAUCAGAUUCCGGUACCCUAUAUGGGUUGACAACAUUUAUGGAAUUAAACGGUAAUUCCAGAGUUUUAACUACGGAUUGAAAAAAAAAAUUUCAACUAGAUAAAUAUAUACAAUAGAAAUUCUUUUCAAGUGGAACGCGUUACGUCAUCAUCUUAUUACAUCAAUAGUAGUUCAGUUCCGAAUAGCAUUAAUAAAUUACAUACAACGGUUAACAAAAAAGAAACUAAUAAAGGUUAGAGAAGAAAUCAACUUUGAUAAAUUCCUUUCUGUGUAUAUUAAUUUAACAAGGAUCACAA